GCAGAACCUGGAGCAAGGUGGUCACUGUCCUCCGCAGGCUGUUUGUAAAGGGGGUGGGGCGGUCCUGGGAGCGCGGCCGGCCGUGAAGACAGACGCCAGGCCACACAAGCCACGCGACUCCCUCCCCAUCACCCUGCCGCCCCAGUCCAGCGCUUCUCAGUGGGGGUGGCGUUGGCCCCCAGGGGGACGUCUGGCAGCGUCUGGAGACAUUUCUGUCACAAGCAAGGGGGUGCUACUGGCAUCGGGUGGGCGGAGGCUGGCGGGGCAACGCCUCAUCCUGCAACCCAGAAUGAGCGGGCUCUGCGUGGGCCUCCGACCACUUGGGUUCCAGACACUCUGGGGAAGCGGACCAAGGCUCCAAGCCCUCUCCCCUGAGAAGAGUGCACAGGCGCAUGUGCAGUUACUACACUUUACAACAGGAUCUCUGGAAGUGCUUGCAACCCCCCGCCCCGUGGUUGUCCGUCCAUCCAUCCCGGAGGAGAUUCCGGCUCUGCUGUGCUGCUGGUCUAGACGCCACAGUGAGGCACCUGCACUGCAGUCUGCCCUCCGCGCCCUCCUCGCCUUCCUCCUUGCAAACCAACAGGCUCAGUGGGAGUCAGACAGGUGCUCUGUGAAAGAGAGGGAUUCGAGGUGUGAGGCCUCAGCUCUAGAACAGCGCCAGCCCUCAGAAGCAGGACGCGCUCACCGGCCCCAGAUCUGGAGCAUCAUCGCCCUGGUCCCACAGAGCCGGGCCUACCCAGAAGACACGGACGAGGCUAUGGGGGCAGCUGGGCCCCACGUGACCGUGAUCAAGUCACCCUACUUGCCGGACCUGUUACCUCAUCUGAAGGAGAGGGGAGUCCUCGCACUCUUCACCAGCACCCUUCCAGCGGGGAUGGGGUUCUCGCCUCUGUCCUCCGCCAUCCUCGGGGCCAUCCUAUCGACCCUUCGCCCCUCCAAAGCUCCACAAACAUCCCCUCGACACAUAAAUCAAAAUGAAAAGCUACAAAGGACGCUGCUUAUAACAAGGCUUUAAUAAAAUAAAAAGUUCAAGUGCUUUCAA